AAGAGAUUAUGCUGAACUGAUGGGUCAUCACCUGCUGCCUUCUAAGGAGACCGAACAUACAGUGAGCUGCCAGCCAAGCCACAACUUGUCAUAGGUUUUACUUAAAAUGGCCAUAACACCCCUACCAAAAAAAAAUUUGAAAAUCUGGACAGAAUAAAUUGAAACAAUAUUUUCUAUGCAUUGGACAACAGCAGUGGAGGGCUAUGGUUCCUGAAAGAAGGGGAGUAUACCUGGUGACUCCAUUCACCUACACAUACCAACUUUGCCUGGAGGCAGAGAAGAGAGAUCUUGACACACUGAAGAAAGAGAUUUGAUAAUGGGUUGUAUUAAAAGUAAGGAAGACAAAAGCCCAGCCAUUAAAUACAGAACUGAAAACAGCUCAGAGCCUGUCAGUGCCAGUGUCAGCCAUUAUGGAACAGAGCACACUACAGUGACACCGUCGUCCUCAGUGAAGGGCACUUCAGCGAACUUCAGCAGUCUCUCCAUAACGCCAUUUGGGGGAUCCUCAGGAGUGACUCCUUUUGGGGGAGCAUCAUCUUCCUUCUCAGUGGUGCCAAGUUCUUAUCCUGCUAGUUUAACAGGUGGUGUUACUAUAUUUGUGGCCUUAUAUGAUUAUGAAGCUAGAACUACAGAAGACCUUUCAUUUAAGAAGGGUGAAAGAUUUCAAAUCAUUAACAAUACGGAAGGAGACUGGUGGGAAGCACGCUCAAUUGCAACUGGAAAGAACGGUUACAUCCCCAGCAAUUAUGUGGCGCCUGCCGACUCCAUUCAGGCUGAAGAAUGGUAUUUUGGCAAAAUGGGGAGAAAAGAUGCUGAACGAUUACUUCUGAAUCCUGGGAAUCAACAAGGCAUAUUCUUAGUAAGAGAAAGUGAAACUACUAAAGGUGCUUAUUCCCUCUCUAUUCGUGAUUGGGAUGAAGUAAAGGGUGACAAUGUGAAACACUACAAAAUUAGGAAACUUGACAGUGGUGGAUACUACAUCACAACCAGAGCACAAUUUGAUACGCUGCAGAAAUUGGUGAAACACUACACAGAACAUGCUGAUGGUUUGUGCCACAAGUUAACAACUGUGUGUCCAACUGUGAAACCCCAGACUCAAGGUCUAGCAAAAGAUGCUUGGGAAAUCCCUCGGGAGUCUUUACGACUAGAAGUUAAACUAGGACAAGGAUGCUUCGGUGAAGUAUGGAUGGGAACAUGGAAUGGAACCACAAAAGUAGCAAUCAAAACACUAAAGCCAGGGACAAUGAUGCCAGAAGCUUUUCUUCAAGAAGCACAGAUAAUGAAAAAACUGAGACAUGAUAAGCUUGUUCCACUCUAUGCUGUUGUUUCUGAAGAGCCUAUUUACAUUGUCACUGAGUUUAUGUCAAAAGAUUGCUGAUGGUAUGGCGUAUAUUGAAAGAAUGAACUACAUCCACCGAGAUCUUCGGGCUGCUAAUAUUCUUGUAGGAGAAAAUCUUGUGUGCAAAAUAGCAGAUUUUGGUUUAGCAAGAUUAAUUGAAGACAAUGAAUAUACUGCAAGACAAGGUGCAAAAUUUCCAAUCAAAUGGACAGCUCCCGAGGCUGCACUUUAUGGUCGAUUUACAAUAAAGUCUGAUGUAUGGUCAUUUGGAAUCCUACAGACAGAACUUGUAACCAAGGGGAGAGUGCCCUACC